AUGGUUGAGAGAAUCCCGCAAUAUCGCUAUGAUCGGUUCAUCGGACUGGAGAAGCAUUUUAGUAUCAACUCGGCUCUGGAGGCGAUGUACAAAGAAUUUAUCCACGAGUACAUCUUGCUGGGCCACAUGAACACAACUGCCAUGCUGCGAGUUGUCUUUGAUGCAUCGUGCCGCACUUCGACUGGAGUCUCACUUAAUGAUGCACUGAUGGUGGGACCAGUUGUCCAGGACGAUCUGAUGAGCACUAUUCUACGAUUUCAUCGUCAUCGCAUCGCAGUCAUUGCUGAUGUUGCUAAAAUGUAUAUGAUGGUUCAGGUCCAAGAGGUAGAUAAACAUCUGCAACGCAUCCUUUGGAGAGACACGCCGGUAGAACCGAUCAAAACUUUCGAACUGCAAACCGUCACCUACGGCACCGCCAGUGCACUAUAUUUAGCUACGAGAUGUUUGAAGAAGCUUGUUGAAGACAGUGUAUCGACACAUCCGAUCGCAGCUCGAGUUGUACAGGAGGAUUGUUAUGUCGACGAUAUGUUGUUGGGAGCCGACAGCACUUCCGAAGCAAAGAGGUUGGUGACUGAGGUCAAGCAGCUAACCGACUCGGCUGGAUUUAUCCUAAGGAAGUGGAACUCUAAUUCUACAAUGCUUUUGUCAAACCUUCCAAGGCAUCUACGCGAUGAACGCUCUGUAUUAGAGUUGGAUUCGUCGACCGCAACUGUGAAAACAUCGGGGCUUCGCUGGGAUACGAGUACAGAUGAAUUCUGCUUCACUUUCCCAGAAUGGAGGUCAAGCUCAGCGGUAAUCACUAAGCGCAGCAUUCACUCCGACGCUGCGUGCUUAUUCGAUCCACUAGGUUCAGUAGGUCCGGUGAUGGUGCAAGCAAAAAUAUUUAUUCAAAAACUGUGGUUGCUGAAAUGUGACUGGGACGAGCCACUGAAUGAAUCGCUACAAAAUUUGUGGAAUGAAUACAACCAGAAUUUGAUGGCAUUAGAGUCAUUAGUCAUUCCCGGUGGAUUGGAUUUAGCAAGGAGUGUUUGUCAGUUCAGCUACAUGGUUUUUGUGACGCUUCAGAAGUUGCAUAUGGUGCCUGCUUGUAUCUUAGUUGCAUCUCAUCCGACGGUACCAUCUCCGUUCGGUUGA